CGGGGAAUCAGACAGAAGGAGAAAAGACGGAUAGCCCCUCUGCCCCAGUCAAUGUCACAGUCAAACAACUGACGGCCAACUCAGCUAUGGUGAGCUGGGAUGUGCUGGACGACGAGGUGGUCAUUGGGUUUGCAAUUUCUCAACAGAAGAAAGAUGUGCGGAUGCUGCGAUUUAUCCAGGAGGUCAACACCUCUACCCGUUCGUGCGCCCUGUGGGACCUGGAGGAGGACACAGAGUACAUCGUUCAUGUGCAGGCCAUCUCCAUCCAGGGCCAGAGUCCUGCCAGUGAGCCUGUCACCUUCAAGACCCCUCGAGAGGCAGAGAAGUUGGCCUCCAAAAACAAAGAUGAGGUGACCAUGAAGGAGGUGGGAGUGAAGAGCCAGCAGCUUCGGACAGGCGAGGUGUCAUCGCCCUCUUCUGUCGCCAGUAUGACAUCAUUAAGGACAAUGAACCCAACAACAAAGAGAAAGCCAAGAGCGCCUCGGAGAACAGCACCCCAGAGCACCAGGGCGGGGGCCUCCUUCGAAGCAAGAUAUGAAAACCUCUUACCUACUCAUUGGGCUUUGAGCACCUGGGAAGAACAGAACUAGAAGACCAUUGUUCUGAUGACGGUCAUUCAGCUCCUGGUCCUCUCCAUCUCCUCUUCUCUCUACGCUAUCAGCCUUCUCACCUCCCUACCCCCAGAGCUGGGUUUCCUCUUCUCAAUCCCUGCUUCCAGCAUUUCUCUCUCCAGUGUGCUUUCCCUGAGAAGCAGCAUCUCUCUGUCUCUCUGUCUCUCUCUCUCUCUGUCUCUCUCUCUCUCUCUCUCUCUCUCUCUCUCUAUC